AUUUAUCCAAACUCCAUACACAUUAUCUAACCCGUAUAUAUAACUUCAAUACAAAUGUGUCUUUCUCCACCCACCAUCACCAUGAAGUUUCAUGGCGCCGCCGUUGAGCUUCCCAACGGAAAAACCACGUCAACCGACAUCCCCAAACAUGUUUUCCAAGUAGCCGUUGUCUUGAUCUUCCUCACCAUACUCCCUCUUUGCAUAAACAGAAAUAAUCCACGUUCGCCAUUGCCCUCUCCCAAGAUCGAAGACGACCAUGGUUUGAGUUUGAGAAGCAGAGGAUUUGACAAGAAAUGUGAUAUCUUUACUGGAAACUGGAUUCCAUUCCCCGAGGGGCCUUAUUACACAAAUGCAACUUGCAACCUGAUGAUCGAUCAGCAAAACUGCAUGAAGUUCGGGAGACCUGACACGGAGUUCCUGAAAUGGAGGUGGAAACCAGAUGAAUGUGAGCUACCUCUGUUUGAUGCACUUCAGUUCUUGGAGCUUGUCAGAGGGAAGUCCAUUGCCUUUGUUGGAGACUCUGUGGGUCGAAACCAAAUGCAGUCCCUAUUGUGCCUCUUGGCUAGUGCGGUUUAUCCUGAGGAUAUCUCUGAAAAGUAUACAUCAGACAUAAAUUUCAAACGCUGGUUUUAUGCAGACUACAACUUUACAGUAGCAACACUGUGGUCUCCGUUUUUGGUUAAAGCCAGUGACGCAGACCCCAACGGGCACUCCUACAACAGCAUCAUGAACCUGUAUUUAGACAAGGUUGACGAGGCAUGGGCGACACAAGUUACAAAAUUCGACUAUGUAAUCAUCUCAGCAGGACAAUGGUUCUUCCGACCACUAAUGUUCUAUGAAAAUGGUCAGCUUGUCGGGUGUUUCAAGUGCCAGCAAGAGAACGUCACAGACCUUACACACUACUACGGAUACAGAAAGGCCUUUCGAACCGCCUUUAGAAGCCUCAAAGAUUACAAGGGGGUGACAAUUUUGAGGACAUUUUCUCCGGCACACUUUGAGAAUGGGGACUGGAAUAAAGGAGGGAAUUGUGUGAGGACAAGGCCGUUUAGCAAGGAGGGAUUGAAGGUAGACCAAUAUGUUUGGGAGAUGUACUUCACUCAAAUGGAGGAGCAAAGGGCAGCAGCAAAGGAAGGGAGGAAGAGGGGUUUGCAAUUUGGUUUGUUGGAUACAACUGAAGCGAUGUUGCUGCGGCCAGAUGGGCAUCCAAACCAUUACGGCCACUCGCCACAAAGGAAUGUGACUCUAGCCGACUGUGUCCACUGGUGCUUGCCAGGUCCUAUUGACACAUGGAAUGAAUUUUUGCUUUAUAACUUGAAGGGGGGACAGAAAAAUGCUUAGGACUUCACUUAUAUAUAUAUAUACAAACACACACACACACUA